UGUGAGGCCCGCGGGGCGUCCCCGCACCGGGCCCGGACGCCGGGAGUGGCCCGCUCGGCAACGCCGAGCGAUGGCCCUGCUGCCGGUGCUCCUCGCCUCCUGGGGCCUGAGGCAGUGAGGGGGCCGGCGGGCGAGGGCUGAGGGGGCCGCGGGCGCCAUGGAGGGGGUGCUGUACAAGUGGACCAACUAUCUGAGCGGUUGGCAGCCUCGGUGGUUCCUUCUCUGUGGGGGGAUAUUAUCAUAUUACGAUUCUCCUGAAGAUGCCUGGAAAGGUUGCAAAGGGAGCAUCCAGAUGGCAGUCUGUGAAAUUCAAGUUCAUUCAGUAGAUAACACACGCAUGGACCUGAUAAUCCCUGGGGAACAGUACUUCUACCUGAAGGCCAGAAGUGUGGCUGAGCGACAGCGGUGGCUGGUAGCCCUGGGGUCAGCCAAGGCUUGCCUGACAGACAGUAGGACCCAGAAGGAAAAAGAGUUUGCGGAAAACACUGAAAACCUGAAAACUAAAAUGUCGGAACUAAGGCUUUACUGUGAUCUUCUUGUUCAGCAAGUAGAUAAAACAAAAGAAGUGACCACAACUGGUGUGUCCAGCUCUGAGGAGGGAAUUGAUGUGGGAACUCUGCUGAAAUCGACCUGCAAUACUUUUCUGAAGACUUUGGAAGAAUGCAUGCAGAUUGCAAAUGCAGCCUUCACUUCUGAGCUGCUCUAUCGUACUCCCCCAGGGUCACCUCAGCUGGCCAUGCUCAAGUCCAACAAGAUGAAACAUCCUAUUGUACCGAUUCAUAAUUCAUUGGAAAGGCAAAUGGAAUUAAACAGUUGUGAAAAUGGAUCUGUGAAUAUGGAAAUAAACGAUGAUGAAGAAAUCCUAAUGAAAAACAAGAGCUCCUUAUGUUUGAAACCUGCAGAAACAGAUUGCAGCUUAUCAAGUGAAGAAAAUACAGACGAUAAUAUAACAGGUGACAUGAAGGAAGAUGGAGAGGAAAACCUGGGAAAUCAUGACAGCAGCUUGGUGCAGCCUGAAUCACACUCGUCACGCAGCUCUCCAGAAUCCCACUGGGAAGAAGGCCAAGAAGUUAUCCCAACUUUCUUUAGUACCAUGAACACCAGCUUUAGUGACAUUGAACUUCUGGAAGACAGUGGCAUUCCCACAGAAGCAUUCUUAGCAUCAUGUUAUGCUGUGGUUCCAGUAUUAGACAAACUUGGCCCCACGGUGUUUGCUCCUGUUAAAAUGGAUCUAGUUGGAAAUAUUAAGAAGGUAAAUCAGAAGUAUAUUACCAACAAGGAAGAGUUUACCACCCUCCAAAAGAUAGUGCUGCAUGAAGUGGAAGCCGACGUAGCCCAGGUUCGGAACUCAGCUACAGAAGCCCUCUUGUGGCUGAAGAGAGGUCUCAAAUUUUUGAAGGGCUUUUUGACAGAAGUGAAAAAUGGAGAAAAGGACAUCCAGACAGCCCUGAAUAAUGCGUAUGGUAAAACAUUACGGCAGCACCACGGCUGGGUAGUUCGAGGGGUUUUUGCGUUAGCUCUGAGGGCAGCUCCAUCCUAUGAAGAUUUUGUGGCUGCGUUAACCAUAAAGGAAGGCGACCACCAGAAAGCAGCUUUCAGUGUUGGGAUGCAGAGGGACCUCAGCCUUUACCUCCCUGCCAUGGAAAAGCAGCUGGCGAUACUGGACACUUUAUACGAGAUCCACGGACUGGAGUCUGACGAGGUGGUAUGACGACUGCAGGGCAGCGCCGCCUUUCAACUUCAGGGAAUAAAGUUUGCUAAAGUGUUUUGUUGCCCUGCUUAGUUUCCAGCAGCAGCUUCAACCCUCUUCAGUCCCUUGCUUGGGAGUAUGGAGAGGAGGAAGCAAAGCCCAGUGCUUUUAUAUGUAAUUUUUUAAAUGCAUAUAUGUUUCAUGUGUUUAAAAAUCAAGGUGCUAUAUAUAUUCAGUUCAAAGGGCCUCCUGGAAACCAAAUCAUAGCUGUUACAUAGAUGUGAACGGCAAGUUGUAGGAGCAGAUUUGGCAGAGGACUCUGUUAGUGUUGUAUUUGGUUUUUUUGGCUUGUCUCUCUCUUUGUUUAGCUUUUGGUUUUGAUGGGCUACCCAAACCCAAACUGAAAAGGAACAAAUUCUGUAUCAGAGAUGAUGACUCACAGGCAGUGUUGCAGUCAGUUUAAAGCUAGACUAAGAACGUGGAGGGCGCCAAGCCCCUGUGUUGAAGCUAUUGAAAUGGAGUUUGCUGUUCCUGGACGUCCUGCAGAGGAUCUUCUUCCCUGUGGCUCUGGGGCCGGAUGAGCCUGAGUGGUCCAGGUGUCCGGGGCCUUGGUGUGACCAAGCAGUGCCAUCCUUAUUGACAGGUUGGAGGCUGUGGCUCUGAAGAGAUGAGUGGCAUGUUCUGGCUCCAAGCUGGAGGACAGGACAGAAAGAUUAGGACAGGUCUUCUGAGGUGACCCGUCUGUGCACCCUUUGCCAACCUGCUGGUCUCUGCAUCAUCUUAGUUGGACAUCACAGCAAAAGCGUGACAUUCAGGAAUUACUUCCCGGUUUUAAAGGUGAAAUUUAGAGGUCAGGAGAUGUGCUCAGUCACACAGCCGCGCUGUAGAGGAACCACGUGAUUUCCAUGUGUGAUCCGGACCACCUCUGCAUCCAAGUGCCAGGGAGUGCUUGUUUAAACAGCAAAUUCACAGGCCUUAUCUUGACCUGAACGACCAGGAUUGUGGAAGUGGGACUCAAGAUAAUAAACCUCGGAUAUGACUAAA